CCCCUCUCUAACCACGUACUCGCUGACAGUACUUAACCCAAGCCAGCCGUUCCCCACACCCUCCUCACUCUGUACCCGUCACCCAGCCCCUCUGACUCCUCCCCGAGGCUGGGCGGUGCCUGUGUCCCGGCCUCUGUCCGAUCUGGUGCACAUUGGCUGGUUCGCUGUUGUUGGAGGCGCCGGUGCGGAAUCCCGGAACUCGGUCAGAAUGGCGAAGGACGCUGCGAGAGUUGCUCGGAUCGUGAACGAGACGGUGGCGGAGGGCAGGAACUCUUUGGACCUGUCGAACUGCAAGCUAACCUCUUUUCCAGUUGCGCUCUUCAAAGUUAUGAAGGAUGUGCUGGAGAACAUUCACUUCAUUUCUCUGGAAAACAAUGAACUGAAGUCCAUCACCGGUGACUUCAUGACUAACUUUAACCAGAUGCGGGAAUUAAAUCUUGAAGGCAAUUUCCUGAAACAGCUGCCUGAUGAAGUAAAGACUCUGACACACUUGAAAAAUAUAAAUCUUGCAAGAAACAAAUUCUCCAGCUUUCCACACCAGCUAACAGAGUUGACAGCGCUGGAAAAUAUUAACCUAGAGGCAAACGAGAUCACUGAGAUGCCACUUGAGACCCUCAGUUCUAUGCCUUCCCUCAAGUUGCUAAAUAUGAAAUUAAACCCUCUGAACAGAGAAACCCUAGCAGUUGAACAAAUCGAAUUAAAAUUUGAAUUGCUGUUAACAGUUGAAUAGUUAAUGUGGAUUAGAAUCAGAACUUUGAUGUUUGAAGUGAACAUUGCCAUGUGCCACGCAACUGCUCUGUCUUCGUGACUGCGGCACCUCCCCAGGAUUUGGAUUACAUGUAGCUAAAUUUGUUGUUUGCCAGAAUAUCUGGUGUGUGGAGACCCACUGGUGAUUAUCUGACAAUGGAAAAAGUGUGAAUCAUUGCUUACAAACAAGAGAAAAUCUGCAGAUGCUGGAAAUCCCAGCAACAUGCACACAAAAUGCUGGAGGAAUUCAGCAGGCCAGGCAACAUCUGUGGAAAAGAGCAUAGAUGACGUUUCUCAUCAGGGUUGGAGAAAAGACGAGGUGUCAGAGUAAGAAGGUGGAGGGAGGGGAGGAAGGAACACAAGGUGAUAGAUGAAACUGGGAAGCGGGGUGGAGAGGUGAAGUGAAGCUGGGAAGUUAGUCAUAGUCAUACUUUAUUGAUCCCGGGGGAAAUUGUUUUUCGUUACAUUUGCACCAUAAAUAAUAAAUAGUAAUAGAACCAUAAAUAGUUAAAUAGUAAUAUGUAAAUUAUGCCAGUAAAUUAUGAAAUAGGUCCAGGACCAGCCUAUUGGUUUAGGGUGUCUGACCUUCCAAGGGAGGAGUUGUAAAGUUUGAUGGCCACAGGCAGGAAUGACCUCCUAUGACACUCUGUGCUGCAUCUCGGUGGAAUGAGUCUCUGGCUGAAUGUACUCCUGUGCCCACCCAGUACAUUAUGUAGUGGAUGGGAGACAUUGACCAAGAUGGCAUGCAACUUGGACAGCAUCCUCUUUUCAGACGCCACCGUCAGAGAGUCCAGUUCCAUCCCCACAACAUCACUGGCCUUACGAAUGAGUUUGUUGAUUCUGUUGGUGUCUGCUACCCUCAGCCUGCUGCCCCAGCACACAACAGCAAACAUGAUAGCACUGGCCACCACAGACUCGUAGAACAUCCUCAGCAUCGUCCGGCAGAUGUUAAAGGACCUCAGUCUCCUCAGGAAAUAGAGACAGCUCUGACCCUUCUUGCAGACAGCCUCGGUGUUCUUUGACCAGUCCAGUUUAUUGUCAAUUCAUAUCCCCAGGUAUUUGUAAUCCUCCACCAUGUCCACACUGACCCCCUGGCUGGAAACAAAGUUGAAAGGUGAAAGAGAUACAGAACCGGAGAAGGGGGGAUCUGAUAGGAGAGGACAGAAGGCCAUGGAAGAAAGAAACAGGGAAGGAACACCAAAGGUGAUGGGCAAGUAAGUGGAUAAAGUGAGAGGAAAAAUGCAAAUGGGGAAUGGUGAAGGAGAGGGAGACAAUUACCAAAAGUUCCAGAAAUUGAUUUUCAUGCCAUAAGGUUGGAGGCUACCCAGAUGGAAUAUAAGGUGUUACUCAUCCAACCUGAGUGUGGCAUCAUAGAUGCUGCCUGGCCUACUGAGUUCUCCCAGCAGUUUGUGUGUGUGUGUGAAUCGUCGUUUCUUCAGAUUAACAAUGAAAUGUUCAAUGAUUGUGCUGAAUUCUGAGUUUUAAUGUGACAUAUGAGAUUUUUUCCCCCUUAGAGGCAAAGCAAUUAUAUUGUUAACUAUUUGGAUUUAUAACUGACACAGAGUCUCGACAUGAAACAUCAAUAUUUUGUUCCACUCCAUAAAUGCUGCCUCACCUGCUGAGUUCCUUCAGCACUUUAUCUGCAGAAUAUCUUGUGUUUGGGUUUAUAACUGACAAGAUUAAAACAAAUUUUGAAUACAAAUUAUAUGCAAUUGAGCAGUAACUAUAUGAAAUGCAGAGAAAAAUCUGUUUUCUUUGGUAAACUUUUGGUUAUAUCUCUGUGAAGUCUGUCACUGAAGAACUUUCACUGGAAGUGCAUCGCCCAUGAGCUGGAGAGUUUUUUUUGAUGUAGUGUUGCCAAGUUGAUUAAAAAUAAUUGCAUGAUUGCAUUGAAUU